UUCGAUAGUGUGUUUUUUAUCUAUGCCGGUAGUGUUGAAACAAGGUGCUAAUAAUUCGGAUGUACCAUCGAAAAUAUUAGAAGAAAACUCACAGUAUUUGUACGAGUAUUUUAAAAAUGAAAAGGCAAAUCCUGAUUACAAUGAAGAUAACACCAGUACUUUAUUACCGGAUUUGAAAAAUCAAAAUCCAACGAAGGAGGGCAGUGUUCUGCCUACGAAUUCGCCGAUAUCAAUAAUUCCUUAUGUAAGCGAAGCGGAAAGUGAAGUAGUUAAAAAUUCCGAUGAAAACAUAAAAUCGAACUACGUAUUCCUAAACAAAGAAGCAGAUACUAAGUUGAAUUUAUUCAAACCGAACGUUAACUCACCGGUUAUUCUUAAAAUUUGGGGUGCCGGAACUGAAUCUAAAUUUCCACCUUUAAUAGAAAUUUUAGUGCAAAGAAUACAAAGUAUGUUUUCUACUUAUAUCUACGAAGACUUGAGUCGUCCUGCCGCAAUGAAAGAUCCUGUUAUUGCGACGAUAAAACCCAUCCAAGAAACAUUUAAUUCAUCUUCAAAUCAUACCGAAACUGACAAUAAAGUUGCUUCAACCAACAACGUGCCUAACGUUCUGGAAAACGAACCGCCGUCAUCAGAAGAUAAAUUAACUAAUUCGGCAAUUCAAUCAAUACAAGAUCAAUUAACGUCGGAUCAGAUUGACGUGGAAUCUAGAAGAGGACAUGUGAAUCCGGUUCGAUCUGUCAUCGAACCAGUUAGUUACUUCGAAACUUUUGCUACAGACUAUGAUAUAUAUUAA